AUGACCCUGGGUCUCCUUCUAUGCAUAAAGCAGUUUAACGCCCGCCUCGGUGACGAGUUGAAUCUCGCCGUCGGGGAGAAAAUCGAGGUGUUAGCCGACGACUCCGAGUAUAACGACGGCUGGUAUAUGGGUAAGUCCGUCACCAGCGGCAAGGUUGGACUUUUUCCCAAGCUGUUCACGAAACCCGUGGCCGAACAGCCCCUGGAACCCACUUUGUUGAGGUCCCGUUCCCGCAGAGUUCCCUCUGGUCAGAAGAAAGAUACCGGUAGCAGGAUAGCUUCCCAGGAGAAGCCCUCGACGCAGCCAGAGGAGACGCAGACACAGACGCAGCUGAACGACGUUCACUCCACGAUGAACGAAAUCGAUAAGGCUUUGGAAGAGCUCCAGACGUCGACGCGUGAGUCGUCCAAGGAAGACGUUCAGGCCAAGGAGGAGAAGCCAGCAGAGCAGCCUAAGAAGGGCCACAACCGUAACGUGUCCACUCAGUCUCUCACCACCGACCUCAACCCCUUGCAAGCUUCAGAAUGGACGCCCAAGCAGGUUCUGUCGUAUUUCGCUAUCGUGUUGGGCUUCGAUAUGAGCGUGGCUGGCAAGUUCGCUCGCCACAAGAUCACGGGUGAAAUUUUGUUCCAGCUUGACUUGGCUCACCUCAAGGAAUUGGACAUUGACUCCUUUGGCACUCGUUUCGAGGUCUACAAGGAAAUCGAGAAGCUCAAGGAGAUGGCCUCCAGAGCUCCCGGCAGCCGCGUCGCUUCCAAAACUAAUGCACCUGAAAAGGUCGUCAAGCCUGAAGAGAACGAAGAGUCCCACAAGGAAGCCUCUCCACCAUUCAAUAACUCUGACCUGGACGAGGGCGAGAAGGAGAGAACCCAUGAUCGCGAGCCCAAGAGUGCCUCCACACUUCUCCCAGCUCCUUCUUUCAACCCAUAUGCCAAAGAAAACGGAAAGAGAGCAGCUUCAGCCAAGAGCCAUGCUAGAACAAGAUCUCAAUCGAUGGAAAACUUGCUGGCUUUGAAUACCCCCAAGACAGACACUUCUUUCAUGUCGCCCAGAAAGGCUCCUGAGCCUCCUGCCUUGAGCCCUAUGAACAAGAACUUCAAGUUCGGCGGCAGCCCAGCUGUUCCGCAAAGCAACGACUCUCCAGCUAGCCACAGCUUCUACAUGACCAGAACCAACGCUUCCUCGGGUAUGGUCAACAGCCCCGGUGGCGCCUCCAGACCUGCCUCAUCUAUCUACGAUGCUGGCACUCUGGGUCAUCACAGACGCACUUCCUCCAGUAAGAAUGAGAUGGCCCACAGAAGACACUCGUCCCUCUUUUCGUUCAUGUCUGGUAAUGGUAAUGAAGAGUCUGGUGCCCCACAGAAGGAGAAAUUGCACAGUCAGAACUUAACUAAGGGUCUCGCAAGUCCAACGAAAAACAAGAGAGCUUCCAGGCUCUUUGACAAGCAACCUGAUCCAGCUGAGUUCACCGAGGACACUUUGCCAGACAUUGACGAUGUGAAUCUCUCGCCAAAGAAGGACAGAGUCGCCUCAGGCGGUUCAAAUAAGAGUGGUGACGAUAAGCGUAAUGCUAGCAGAUUGAAGAGCUUGCGUUCGGUUUCUACCUCGAAUUUCAGAGGUCUCACCGGAUCGAGAAAACUGAAGACCUCCGCAUUCCAGGAAGGUAUCAGAGACAUUACGCCUGAUGAGGCUAUCAAGACUUCCAGUUUCAGCGGCUGGAUGUCAAAGAAGUCAGGUAGUACCUUGGGUUGGAGAUCGCGCUAUUUCACACUUCACGGCACGAGGUUGUCUUACUUCACUAAUUUGCGUGACAAGCGUGAAAAGGGCUUGAUCGACAUCACCGCCCAUAAGGUUAUUCCUAUCAGUACUGAUGGAGACAGCGCAAGCAGUAACGACAAAUACGUUGCUCUCUACGCAGCCCUGACUGGUCUUGGAAGAUACUGUUUCAAGAUUGUUCCUCCAGCACCCGGCUUCAAGAAGGGUUUGACCUUUACGCAACCCAAGACCCAUUUCUUCGCCGUUGAGACGCAGGAGGAGAUGAAGGGCUGGUUGAAGGUUCUUAUGACUGCCACUAUUGACAUCGACGACAGCGUUCCUGUGGUGAGUAGUUGCAACACACCCACGGUCUCCUUGGCUAAGGCCCAGGAACUUCUUGCUAAGGCCAGAGAAGAGAACAAAGUCAGAGACGAGGAACUCAGGGCUAAAGGAUUCAUCCGUGAUGGCGAAUUGCUCGAGGACAUAACUAACUCGACGACGCUCUACAAUGACAGCAACACCUCUGAGGAGGCUUCCCCUGUUGUUGGAUACAUGGAUGAGACCACCAUUUCUUCGGGCAGUACCGGACAAGCGCCACCCAAGCUUACCGUGGACACAUCGGCGACCAAGGUUAAACGCGGCCCCACCACACCUCAAUUGCCUUCUGGUCAAGGUUUCGCCUCCCCAUACCUCCUAGCUUCAGGAAUCCUUUCUCCUAAACAAGCGGGAUCUUCUGCUGGCAGCACCCCCAACACCACCAAGUCAGCCAAAAAGGAGUACUUCCCCGAUAUGGGCACUCCUGCCUCAGCGAAGCUGGAAGGCUCUUUUGAGCAGCCUGUUUUCAGCAAUAGCAAUGGCAGAGUCUUGAGUGGCAGCAAGAAGAAGGACAAGUCGGAGAAGCUUAUGGCUUACACCAGUGACGGAUCAUUUGUGAUCAAGUCAAAAAAAUAA